AUGACUCCACCAUCCUCAUCGCUGUCGCCAAUUCCCCCGCCCAUCCCCGUCGACACGCAUCCCAAUCGAGCCCCAGGAUCAAGGCCUCCUGAGCACGACCGCAUCCCUGACCCUGAUCGUCUGGCGCCGGAGGACGCUUACUUUGCGCCGUCUCUGUCCCGAGUACGCUCGGCGCCUGCGAACUAUGAGGAAAGCUUGCGCUCCUUGAAUGGGGAUGGCUCGGGUGUUGCAACGUUGCGGCCGACGCGGGGGUCGCUUGGCGCGGAUUUGACCCGCAAGGACGGCAGGAAAUUGGGUGCUGCUGGGCCACGACGAAGGCGAAAGGGUGCUUGGAAGAAGUUGUUAUGGGUGAAACAGUCUUAUCCCGACAACUAUACCGAUACCGAAACGUUCCUGGAUCAUCUGCAACGGAACCCUCGAGUGCGACCCUACGACUUCUGGCCUCUUGUAUCCGACUCUACUGUCAUUGUUCAACAUGUCUGUUCCGUGGUUAUCUUUGUCUGCUGUUUUGUCGGCAUUGUUCAGGACCGUGUGAGUCCCGUUUCGAUCGUCUGCUGGGGUAGCGUCGGUACCGCCAUGGGCUGGAUCUUGUGGGACAAUUGGAUAUGGCAAGAGCAAGCCGAACUUGCCCAGAGUCUCAAUGCUGCGAGUGCUGGUGAUGACGGGUCCAGUUCGAGUUCCAUGACCAGCGCGGCCAACCCGUCAAGCAAUGAACAACGGCCGAAUGGCACUAAAGGAAGUCCAAUCCACGGCCUCGGACUGACAAUGUCUGUAAACGAGUCGAAAGAACAGAUGUCACAACUCACUGCAGAAUUCAAUGGCAGCCUUGAAGGAAUUGGGGAUCCGGCUCUACGCCUUGGAUCUUCAUCUACCACGCCUAGUAUUACUCUUGGCAGUACAGAUGCACAAGACAAUGAGCGAGCAUCGCUUUUCUCAUCACGCAAUCGCCAACGCCUAUCAACUGUCAAAUCGGCGUUCUUGAUCUACUUUUCCUUGCUGGGACUCAGCCCCAUUCUAAAAUCACUCACCAAGUCUACCGCGAGCGACUCAAUCUGGGCGUUGAGUUGCUGGCUUUUAAUCAUGAACAUAUUCUCCUUUGACUACGGAAGCGGGGAGGGCGCUGGCGCCACAACCAAGUUUCCGGCUUCUCUUUCCACGAAUGCUGCGGUGAUGGCAUCGACAGUGCUUGCCUCCCGGUUGCCUUCAACGACACACGUGUUCAGCCUGAUGCUGUUCUCUAUGGAAGUAUUCGGGCUAUUCCCGAUUUUCCGCCGCCAGCUACGACAGAAAUCUUGGACUGGCCAUGUCAUGCUAACACUUGCUUUGGUCAUUAUUGCCGGGGGAGCUGUUGGCACGACACUGGGUGGCGGCUGGGCUUCCGCUGUCAUUGGGUCUUUCCUUGGAAGCCUCUUGACGGCGUUCUCCAUGGGUGGGUGCAGCUGGUGGCUGAUCAGUCUGCAGAAGUACAAGAAUGUGGUCAUCGGUCCUUGGGAUCCAGCACGUCCUAUCAUUCGACGACAUUGGAACUGA